CAAUAAAUCAGCGAGAGCAGCUAGACUGCCAAGUUCAAAACAAAUUUAUGAACUAAAAAAAUUUAAUCCUAAUAUCUUUAAUUGAUUUAUUAAUUUAUCUAUUGAAGUGUGAAAUAAUUAGUUUAAUAUAAAUUUGAAAAACUAGUCAUAACUAUGAGUAAACUAAACAAAUUCAUAAGUUACACUAUAAGAGGAGCAUUAUUUGGAGCAACAAUAUUUGGUUCACAAGAAUUAGGUAUAUGGAAAGAUGGCGAGACAUCACGUGAGGUAGCAAAAAUCAUCAUUGCAAUUUUAACUCCUAUAGCCAAGAAAGCAGAGUCAGAAAUGCCACAACAAGUAAAACUAUUGCCAUCUGUAGAAAAUUUAAAAUCCACAUCUACAGCAUGUUGGAACAAAGGUGUGUACAAUGCUGGCGAGUUUGUUAUCGAUGUACCUAACAAAUGUGUCUGUGCAGCAAAUAAAGCAUAUCAAUUGGUUGAAAUACAAGUGAAUAAAUCUAAAGAAAAUUAAUAAUGAUCUAUUAUCAUAUUGAGUAAAUAAAAUUAUGUACCAUGUUAAUAUUUAAUAGAAAUUUGUUCUGUAAUUAUUUAUAAUAAUUUGUUUUUGAAAAACAUUGAGUAGAUAAUUUGUCAUGCUAUUUACACCAUCAACCGUACUUAAUUCAUUUAAUAUAGCACAAUUUAAAUUAUAAAACAA